GCAAUACCGCCACCAUGUCCAAAGUCGUGCGCAGUGUGAAAAACGUCACCAAGGGUUAUUCCUCCGUGCAGGUCAAGGUUCGAAAUGGUACGUUGGACUGUUGCUGCCCGCUUAUCUUGCCUCCGAUCGGCUGUAACCUACGAUACACCCUCCUUAUCGUCAUAACUUCCACUCAAUUAAGGAUCACCUCCAUUCCGGCAUUUUCUCCAUUGGAUGAGUUCAUAGUCGAUUGACGCUAAUGUCUCAUUUCUUCUUCCCUGUACAGCUACGAGUAAUGAUCCGUGGGGGCCUACUGGCACCGAGAUGGCCGAAAUCGCCGCCUUGACCUUCAGCAGGUAGGCUACCCCGCGUCCUCCGUGGCCUGCAUGGUCCCGCGACUCACACUGACCCCCUCGUGCAACCAUCUAGCCCCACCGAUUUCUACGAGAUCAUGGACAUGUUGGAUAAGCGCUUAAACGACAAGGGCAAAAAUUGGCGCCACGUUC